AUGAGUGUGGCACCAUCAAAACUUCCUGAAGUUAAAUCUGUCUAUGAAAAGAAUAAGCGAAGUAACAAUAUUUAUCAGAUUAUAAAACUCCUGGACAAGAACAUCAAGUACUCAUCUACUCUGGAGAAGUUCAGAGAGAAGCCUGAUGAGUUCCUCUUUCAUCCAAUUCACUGUGAAGAUCUGUGCUUUCUUUCUUAGAAAGAGUUAAAGGACUUGAAGAAGCACUUAAAUGACUAAGGAGGUCAGUUGCAAUCUAUGGCCAACAAGUUCGUGACCCUGACUGGAGCAAGCCAGUCCCUGACCUCUUUUCAGUUGGAGAAAAAACGGAAUGAAAAAGUGCAGAAGCAAAGAGAAAUACAGCAAAAACGCAUGGAAAUUAUUCAAAACUGCCCUUCGCUGGCUGAGUUCUACGAUAUGUACUUAACUAAAAACGCUAAAAAAUCUACUGGCGAGAUUGAAUUCGAGUCUUUUGUCAACAGAUACCCCAAGAGGUUCAAGGGGUACGACUAGUUUCUAUUCCUGCCCGAGAAGAAGGUAAUACACAAGAACUCGAGGUUCGUCAGGUUUGACGACGUAGAUAUGGGGGACGAGGUAGAGGCUGCCAUUUAUAACGAUGGGGGUAAAUCAGCUCCGCAGAAAUUGAAGAAAUAUGUCAACGAGCAAAUGGACAGAAUCAUGGGCGACAAGCUUAAUCAGCAUAACUUCUAGCUUAAGACUGAAGAUCUGCUGUAGCCUACGAUUGACAUAUCGGAAAAGAAGCCUGGUAAAAAUAGGAAUAACACUAACAAUACUCAUUCUGACUCAAGAAUAGAUGUAAGUUUGCUGAUUGAAAGAAGCAAGAUAUUAGUAGGCGAUGCUGAUAAGAACCUAAACUUCAACAAGCUAAUUAAAAACAUCAACAACUACCACAAGUAUCACUCGAAGUCCUUACUUAAGAAACCAAUGAGUCCAUAGUCUAAUCAAUAAGUCAAUGAUUAUUAGACGCACUAGCAGUCACAGGAGUAAAGCAACAAGAGACUAACUCUAAACAAAAAGUCCUUGGCUAAAUCAAUAUCCAUGACUGAAAUGAACGUUAUGGAGAAGUAUAGACAGGCUCUUCAGACACCUUUGAGUCAGGCAUAGACAGAGGAAACUGCUCCAUCCACUGAUGGGGGAAUACUUAUGCCUGCUGUCAGUAAAAUAUCUUUAAUUCUAGACCCGAAAUCUCAUGAAAACUUCCUCAAUAUGAUUGUAAAGAACCAAGUGAGACUGCAAACUUAGCAAGGCCCAAGAAUAGAAACUCCUCAGUCCUCAAACAGCAAAAGCACUGUGAGGCGUUAAAUGAAUAGAUAAUAGUGGAACAGGCCCUCUAGUAUGCAGUUCAGAAUCUAAAGCAAUUCUUCACUGCUCAAGCCAUUCUAGAAUCAUCGAGCGAGUCUUAGUGGAAGUAAAUUUAGCAUAGUGGUUCCAUCACCUAUAGUCAUUUGA